AUGGCGGAUGUGGCUGACGCCCGCAGGGCGCCCUCGUGGCUCCCUCUCUCCUUCAGCAUUCGAGGCGGAGGCUUGUUCACCAAGCUCGCCAUGCAGCUGCCGGCGCAGAGCGACUGGCAAGCUGUGCGAAACGCCAAGGAACUGCUGCGGUAA